AUGAGUAUCUAUGAUGACAUUUACAAACACUUCCCUACUAUCAACGAGUGGAGUGAACCUGACGAAAAGGUAUACUUGGUCAUAUCUUUUUUUAUCACAGCUUCCAGCUUAAGAAUUAUCUUUUGUUUCUUUGAGAUCAUACUUGAACCCUACACGUAUCUUGGAAUCAACACUGAUAAGGAGCUUCCAGCCAUGGUCACCAAGGCUUUCAAUCAUUGGUAUCAAGUUCCACGGCCUGCGCUCGAUAUUAUUUUGAAGAUCGUCGGACCAACACAUGCUGCCAGUCUAUUAAUCGAUGACAUCCAAGAUGAUUCCGAUUUGAGAAAAGGGAAACCAGUGGCUCAUACGGUAUACGGUGUGGCGCAGACUAUAAACACAGCCACUUAUGUGGUCUUUGAUGCCUACCGCAACAUCUCAAAACUAACACUGUUUUUAAAAUCACCUGAGACCACUGAUUUGGGGAGCAUUAUCGAUGAUGAGAUUGUGGCACUUCAUCGCGGUCAAGGGAAAGAUUUGUACUGGAGGGACUCCUUGAUAUGCCCUACAGAGGAAGAGUAUCUCCGAAUGAUACACAACAAAACGGGAGCUAUGUUUCGAUUGCCAAUCAAGUUGUUGCAAGCUCUAUCUCCAGUGGAAUCACUACCUGACUGCUUUUCAUUGGUGAAUAUAAUUGGUAUCCUCGCUCAAAUUCAAAAUGAUCUCUUGAGCCUAUCUCGCGAUUUUACAGAAGAUAAAGGAUUUUGCGAGGAUUUUUCCGAGGGAAAAUUUAGCUUUCCGAUCAUUCAUGCAGUAAAGGCUGAUAGCUCAAACAGUCUAUUGAUGGAUACCUUACGGUCACGUCCAAAAGAUGAGGCCACGAAGAGAAAGGCAUUAAGAUAUAUGAAUGAUCAAACAAAAUCAUUAGAUCAUGCUUUCGAUGUUAUUUGUAAAUUGGAGAAAACCGCAAAGGAAGAAUCCGAGAAGUUAGGUGGGAACCCAGAAUUGAGCUCUAUCCUUGAGCUUAUUCAUUCUCCUUCAACUCCUGAUAUUGAUGACCAAUAG